AUGAGAGUCGACAAAGAGAGGAGAAGGGCCCUUUAUCGCGAGGCGGCCAGGAAGAGGCGACGAGUGGAGUCGGACACGUUUGCCGAUUUAUCUAGCCUCUUGCCCCUGCGAGCUUCUGUCCGAGCGCACCUGGACAAGCCUUCCGUCAUCCGAUUGGCUAUCUGCUACAUGCGACUCCAAGCAUUGCUGCGAGGUAAAACUAACGUCAAAAUCUGGUGUUGUGUCUGGGAACUUCUGUCAUGUUUUUCUCCCGCAGAUGAGAUGGACAUGUGGAAGUUUUCCGUGAAGGAAGAAAGGAAGGAGGUGACGGAGGAGAAUGACGUCUACUUGAGGAUCAUGGAGGGAUUCGUCAUGGUGCUCUCCUCCGAGGGGAACAUCAUGUUCCUGUCGGAGAACGUCAGCUGCUACAUUGGCCUUACGCAGACUGAACUGAUGGGCCACAACGUUUUUGAGUUCAUGCACCCCUGUGACCACGAAGAAAUCAGAAGUAACCUCCGCCUUUCGGCAGAUGGGUUUUGGAGUGACACCAAGCGUGACUUUGUGGUGAGGAUUAAAAGCACUCUAACCCUGCGAGGGCGAAGCACCAACCUCAAGUCGGCAACGUGGAAGGUGGUGCAGUGUCAAGGUAGAGUUCGCGCCUGCCCCGGCCCCUUCUCGUCCUCCUGCCUGCUGCUUACCUGUCGUCCCCUGCCAGUGUCUCACACGUGCCUCUGCACUCGCACCUUCAGUAGCCAGCACAGCAUGGACAUGAGGUUCACGCACUGCGACAGCAGAGUGCUGUCAAUUUUAGGGUACACCCCAAAUGAGCUGAUGGGCCGUUCCAUUUAUGAGUUCUGUCACACGCUGGACACAAUCAGUUUGACUAAAUAUCACACCAACUUAUGCUCCAAAAGCCAGUCGGUCAGUGGUCGCUACCGAAUGCUCGUAAGGGGCGGCGGGUACGUGUGGGUGGAGAGCCAUAGCGCAGUGGUACCAGGGGCCAAAACGCCCAAAUACAGAACCAGGCCACAGCCGCCACUCUUGAUCCUCUGUGUCACCUACGUGCUCAGCGGCGUGGAGGAGCCAUUCCUGCAGCUCUCAUUGGACCAAUAAACUCAGCAUCAGUACGUGAGCUGCAAUUAAAGGACCGAUCCUGCCCUUAAAUCACUGCGUUUUUCAAUGAAGUCCGUCAUGGCCAUUUGUGGUAUUUUCAUGUAAGCUACAAUUAACGAACUAGUGUUUUCCCAGACAUUUUUUGAACUCUGAUAGGACACUCAUUGAACUCAUUGGCUGCCAUUGUUGGCGUUAGACGUCCAAACCAAUUUGACUGGGAGGGUGUGAAUGAAAGUUCAUUCGCCCCUCCUAGUCAAAAUGGAUUGGACGUCUAUUGCCAUCAAUGACACGCAAAAAAUUAAAUACAGUAAUAUGAAAAUCAACUGUGUUUUCCACACAAUAAGGUGCACCUAAAAGCCUUCAAUUUCCAACAGUACGCCUUAUAAUCCGAUGCGCAAUCAAUAUGGUUAAUCAUGGCUUGACACUCACUAUAACGCAGCUCCAUCUAGCGGAUGCAUAACCAGUG